AUGUCUACUACGAGUACUUCUGAGCGGGUCCAAGCUCCCGAUCAGCUCCCUUGGGAUCCGAAUUGCACGCGGUUCCCCACUCGCAAGGAACUGCCUAAGAUUCCUGGGGCGCCGAAGGAUGCUGCAUGGGUUUGGGGGAAGGAUGAUCAGCUCGGACGACUGAAUCUGCUGACGCCGGCUCGAGUCAAAGCUGCAGCUGCGGAGAUCAAGCUAGGGGAGAUGAUUCGACUUGAUCUCCCAUUGCACAUUCCGGAAACCCCGGCCUUCGACCGCGAGCCCUUCCAGCAUCAGAUCAAGGAGCUCGUCGAGGACGUGGUCUACGACGAUACCUAUACCCUGAACACGCAGAGUGGAACCCAGUGGGAUGGAUUCCGCCAUUUCGCCCACCUAGACACCAAACUCUUCUACAACGGGACCAAAUCCACAGACUUCCACCCAACCGACCCCAACCCCCACAAAUGCAGCAUCCACCACCUCAGCACGCACGGCCUCGCCACCCGCGCCAUCCUCCUCGACUACCGAAACUACCACCAGACACGAUUCCCCGAAAACCCCUACGACCCGUAUACCUCGCACCCCAUUACCCUCGCCGCUUUACACGCCUGCGCCCGCGCCCAAGGCAUCAACCCCCUCCCCACAUCCCGCGGCGGCGACAUCCGCCCCGGGGACCUCCUACUCAUCCGCUCGGGCUUCGUCGAGCAGUACCACACGCUCACCCCGGCCCAGCGCAGCGCCGCGGCGCGCCGCUCGCACGCGGAUCUCUGCUGGGCCGGGGUCGCGCAGGACGAGGAUGUGCUGACCUGGUUGCAUGACUGCUACUUCGCGGCGGUGGCGGGGGAUUCGCCGACGUUUGAGUGCUGGCCGCCCACGCGGGAGGACGGGCAGGGCGGGUUCAUGCAUCAGGAGCUGCUCGCGUGUUGGGGGAUGAUGAUCGGGGAAAUGUGGGAUCUGGAACGGUUGGCGCGCCGGUGUCGGGAGGUGGGCCGGUGGACGGUUUUCGUGACGAGUGCGCCGGCUAUGGUCUUUGGUGGUGUUGGAUCGCAUGCUAAUGCUACGGCGAUCUUGUAA